GGGCUAAAGGGUAUAUGCGAGAUAUUCGUAGCUAUUGCAGUCAAGUCAUGAACAAGCUUCGAGAACUCCUGAACAUUCGCGCAUUGAGUCAAGAGGAAGUGCAUCACGUGGUGAUAAACAAACCCCAGGUAAAUAACCUCGGCGCAAACCGAGCUUCGUUCCACCAGAUCAACAGCUCAACCUCUGCACCACCAUAAUCAUGAAAUAACUCCCAACACACCCUCUGUUGUCUGCAACUCACGCCUCCCGCAAUCAGUAGAAUAGCUCAGCGCCAUGGCUCAACAAGCCCCUUCCGCGUCCACCACAAAACGCCUCAUCCGCGAGCUCAACGACUACUCCAAAUCCCCCAACGAAGCUCUCCUACAUCUCGGCCCCAUAAGCGACACAGACCUGCUGCGCUGGGAAGCAGUCCUAAAGGGCAUAAAUGGCACACCAUACGAAGGCGGCCUCUGGCACCUAACCAUCACCAUCCCGCCGACCUACCCGCUCCACCCACCAGUUAUAGCCUUCAGAACCCGUAUCUGCCACCCAAACGUCUCCUUCACGACAGGCGAGAUCUGCCUAACCCUUCUAACCACCGAGCAUUGGAGUCCCGCUUACACGCUAUCGACGACCAUGUCGGCUAUCCAGCAACUGUUGACGGAUCCUAGACCUGAGAGUCCCCUCAAUGUUGAUGUGGCGGUGUUGAUGAAGAGUGGGGAUACUGUGGCAUGGGAGGGGCUGGUAAGGUAUUGGACGGGGGAGGAGAGGUGGGAGGGGGAUGGGGGAAAGAAAGCUAUCAGAAAGGGGGGUAGAUGACAGGGUGGAAAGGAUGGAGGGGGAUUAAAUAUAUAUAUAUAUAUAUAUAUUACGUCUCUGCUGUAGUGGGUACGAGGUGGAAGCUCAUGGCCAGAGGAAUGUAUUAGUUUCCUCUUGUCCUUUCGAUUUCGGCUACCUCCUUAUGGGCCCGGGGUAGGGAGGAUACCUCGAGCUUGGUGCGUGGUGGACCCUGGAUGCCGCUAGAAUGUACGAGGUACGUGUGAACUAUUCCUCACGGGAAUUUAGACAGUUUGAGAUUCUUCAGGUUUCGGAUUCUAUGGGGAGACGCGUUUCCAUACUUGUAUGGGGUUGGAUUUACGUUAUACUGUCGGCGUCCCUCGACGGGCAUGUAAGCGCCUUUCCUUUCCUUUCCUUUUCUUUUUUGUUGAGAUACCAUACGGGAGCGGAUUUUGUUUAUGCAGUUAUAUAUAGUAUUUAUGUAUUCAUGUUUAUAGAGCGUUUUUCGGUAUUAUUAACUGUAUAAUUGAUUAGCUGCUCCUCUACUCUGUACGGGUGCAAUGCAAUGAGAGCUAAUCCUGUCAACAAAAGAAGCGAGAACGAGAGGGUGAAAAUUACAACUAACUCCUUCUCCAGACUUUUUCUCAUAGGGUGUUUCGAUAUAUAUAUGAAUCUUUCUUAUUUUUAUUUCUUAUUUCUUAUUUAUUAUUAAGAAAACUUUGACCGGCAAGAGAACAGAGGAACAUGGCCUAAACCGUUUUCUUUGACCGGUGGAAUAGUUAAAUAUUCCACGGAUCGACACCUCCUCCGAGCUCUAAUUUUCACCGUAAUGCGAAAAGGAAAAAUGAAAAUGAAAAACCCUCCCAAACGAAAAUAAGAUGUUAAUAAAACAGAGGUAAUAGACAGAGGGUCCAAGUGCUUCUGGGUCCGUUUUCCUAUCUUGCUUACCACGACUAAUGUAAAUCCUUCUCCACCCACGAUCAUCCUUAAGUUCUUCCUUUCCCCUUUUGUUUUUAUUAUUUAUUUUAUUGUUUUAAACCCAUUGCUCGUCCCGGUAUCGUGUGUAUCUCC